GGCCCCACGCUUCCGGGCCGCCGCCGGCGACCUCGGCGGUGGGGGCAGCGCUUUGUGCCCUGAGGGAAAGCGACGGAGCCAGCUAGCCAGCCAGGGAGGGAGCAGAGGCGGCGACGGCGCCAUGCGGCCCGCAGGUCGGGGCAGAGACGGCUGGGAACAUAUGAAGGAUAUUCUUGUGAUAUACGAACAAGAAGCAGAAGAGUGGGCCGUGUAUUUAAAAUCUCUGUUUGGACACAUACUGAAUGAAGAAGGAGUCUUGCUCUACAAUCUGGAGACUUUGUCUUUCAAGCACCUGGAGUCAUUCUCUUUACCCUGCUAUAAAUGUAAACUGCUGAUACUCUCAUGUGGACUUCUUAAAUGCCUAAAUCAAGAGAGAUGCUACUUCCUGGAGUAUGUUCUUCAGCCUCCAGAUAAUGUGGUGAUUCUCCUCUGUGGGGUGGAGAAUUCAGAGGUUCUUUAUGAGGUACUGACCUUAGGUGGAAGGAGCAGAGAGAUCUCCACUGAUCAGGAACCUGAGGAAUAUCUCUCGAUUGUUACUGGAAUUAUUCAAUCAGGUAAGCCACAGAAUGAAAGUCCUGGAGCCUCUUUUUCUUACAUAUAUGAAGCCGUUCUUGCAGAUGAUGACCAGACCAACUCUGAUUUUAACUUACCAGAUACCAGGAGAGCUCCAGAAAAAACAGAUCUCAGUUUUGAACCAGAAGUACUGUCUGAGACAUUAGAAGCUAAUGAGCAGUCGGUAUUGGUGCUUCCAGAAAGAGUAUCAUGUGAGAACCCUGGUGAAAUAUUCAUUUUGUUCAAAGAUGAAAUAGAUGAUGAAACUUUUGAAAUUGAAUUCAUAGCAGAUAAUCAACGAAUUAGGACACAGCCAGCCUCUUGGAAUAAGAAGGUCAAGUAUAUGAAAGCCUUAGAUUUUCCUGCUGGCCCUGUAUAUAUAAAUGUCUACUGUGGGGGAGUCAUUAAGACCACAGCACAGAUCGAGUAUUAUACGGCACUAGAAGAGAUUGAGCGUGUGUUUCAGAAAGUGGCUGACCCAAUAGCUUUUGCUUGUCAGGCUUUUAGAUUUUCUUCUGUGGAGAAGCUGGACAGUGUUUUGACUUUGCUAUUGGAAAGCAAAAUAAUUACUUCUGAAUUCAACAUAUCCCAGAGUGAGGAGCAGCACCAUCAACAAGCUAGUAGCCAUUUGGAAGAAUUUCCCACUCUCCUUCACUGUGCAGCCAGAUUUGGAUUAAAGAACUUUGCAGCUCUUCUGCUCAAGUGUCCAGAGGCCACAUGGGCUUGUAGGAUAGCCAACACACACGGAGAUGAUCCAGCAAGUCUUGCUGAGAAGCAUGGACACAAGGAACUAAGAAAAUUAAUCAAAGAAUUGUCAAAUGAAGUGACAGAUAAUUUCACCCAUCAUGAGGAGGAAGCAAAAGAUGACGACACUUACGUGGUUAUGGUAGGCUUGGAAACUCAACCAGCCAUGACAUUAAAAGCCAAGCCGAACCUGGGAGAUCAAUAUGGAAUUGGAUCAAAAUGCCAACAAAUAGCUGAGGUGGAUGAGGAGGAGGAAGGUGAUGUAGAAGACAGCAGAGAGGAAACCAAAGAUGAAGAUCAAGAAGGGGAAGAUACCUACACCUUUGUCAACAGUCCUAACAAUUUAUAUGCCAGCAUACCUGAUGAUUCAGAAGAGACCAGGAGAGACUUAUUUUUCUACAAGAGGCCACCUCCUCCUCCCCCUCGAAAUCUGCCUGGCACCGUAAGGCAGGAUGAGCUGCACAGUUUAUCACAAGAAAGGAAUUUUGUGGAGGACAGAAGUGACAGAGAAUAUGGCGAUGGGCUCCUAACAGCACGCUACGAAGACCAAGAUACAUGUGAGGAAGAUGACAAGGAGGAGCACCCAUACACUUUUGCGAAAUUGGAUGAAUCUCUGUACGAUUUGAUACUGGCUGAGAAGGAGGAGGAGAACAGGAAAGAACGCAGGUCCUUUAUCAUGAACAGGCCUCCAGCCCCUGCCCCUCGUCCUGUAUGUUCGCCCGUCAGAAAUGAGAACACUCCCUACAUAGUACAAGUGUUUCAGCAGAAGGCCACUCAGAUGCCCAGUGACUACAACAAGAUGUACUGCAAUGUCCGGAAGCACGGAGCACACAGACGCCCCAGCGAGACAGUAGCUUAUACCACUGUGAAACACAACAUCCCUGCUGAACAGGAAGAACUUAUCCAUUUGCAGAAACAAGUGAAAAAGGGAGCAAUUUCUGUGGACGAAGCCCUUGACAAAUUUAAACGGUGGCAGAAUGAAAACCAGAGACUACAGUCCCCUCUCCAGUGUCCGAUAAGGACCCCAACAGACAAGGAACAGAUGCCUAAUUAACAGAGUGCAAAUCUCCAGUUUUCCUCUGUUUGGCAAUCCCCACAUCUCCAAGUGGUGUGCUCCGCAGAGAAGCUCAGCCUCCAGCAAGUAGCGCUGCACCCAUCACACUUCCAGUGUCUUGGAAUCACGCACCUGGGCCAACUCUGGAAGAAAUCCAGUAUCACAAGAGCAAAUUAGUAAGACUCCUUGUAAAGUCACCACUAAUUCAACACCUUUCUUUGCUGAUUUUUCUCUCCAGAUUGACAGCUGAGGAUAUAUAUGAAGAUAUAUUGUGCUCUUUGGUUAAUUGUUUAUAAACUCAUUUCAGUUUUUCAAUAAUGUUCAAGAGUUGUUUAAAAGGAGAUUUUUAUGUACAAAAGAGGAAGAACAUGAAAAGUUACAAAGAUUAUGAAGUUAUAAUACGCAAAAUUUAGUUUUUACUUUUCAUUAAUACAUUUCUGUAUAAACUUUGUAUAUAAAUUUGUCUUUCAUAAUAAUAAUUGUACUCCAUCGUGAGUUAAAAUAAUUAUGUUCAAAGUGAAGCUAAUUUCUAAAGUCAAACUGUAUAAAUUAAAAAUGUAAAUCAGUACUAAUUAUAUACUACCGCAUUAAAGUGAUUACAAGAAGUA